AAAAACUUUUGGCUUAUGUUGAUGGCUUUAUUUUGCCGAUCCAUCGUCUCUAACUUUCCACUUCCUCGUCUUCCAUUGCAGCUCGUCCCUCUCAACACAACUCCUUUCCCGCACUGCCCUUCCAAAUCCUACCAAAUUACCGCUUUGCCACUUGUUCUACGCCGCAAAACAGCUUCCUUUGCUUCACUGCCGUCGCCGCCGUCAUCAACCAUGGAGAACCCACCUGAAGGUUAUCGAAGAAACGUCGGCAUUUGUCUAAUGAAUCCUUCUAAUAAAAAGAUUUUUGCUGCUUCAAGGCUUGAUAUACCUAGUGCUUGGCAAAUGCCGCAGGGUGGAGUUGAUGACAAUGAAGAUCCAACAAAUGCUGCCAUCAGGGAAUUAAGAGAGGAAACUGGGGUUACUUCAGCAGAAAUUGUUGCUGAGGUUCCUCAUUGGGUAACGUAUGAUUUCCCUCCAGACGUUAGAGAAAAGCUAAGGCAUCAAUGGGGAUCUGACUGGAAAGGUCAAGCACAGAAGUGGUUCUUAUUUAAGUUCACUGGAAAGGAUGAAGAAAUCAACCUUCUUGGGGAUGGGACAGAGAAGGCUGAGUUUGGAGAAUGGUCAUGGAUAUCACCUGAGCAAGUUAUUGAACUUGCAGUGGAUUUCAAGAAGCCCGUUUACAGGGAAGUUCUAUCUGUUUUCUCGCAACAUUUUCAGUAGUGAAACUGGUCAUUUCUGAAGUCCGAAGUUUAAGAGGUUUUAUUUGCCAAAAUAAUGGCAGGAGGUUCAAUAUGGUUUUUCAGCAUAGCUGGUUUUGGUGAAAUAAAUAUGUAUACUUUGUUCUACUCUGUACAAUUAUUGAUUAUGCUGUAACCUCGUUUUCUCUUUAUUUUUUUAUAGAAAAAAGAAAUUUUAUUACACAGG